GCCGCGCCCCAUUGGGUGGCGGGGCGGGGCUGGUGUCUCCGAAGCUUUUGUUCGCCGAGGCGGCGGCGGUGGCGGGGCCAUGUCCUACGUGCCCGGACAGCCGGUCACCGCCGUCGUGCAAAGAAUCGAGAUCCACAAGCUGCGUCAAGGCGAGAACCUGAUCCUGGGGUUCAGCAUCGGCGGCGGCAUCGACCAGGACCCCGCGCAGAACCCCUUCUCCGAGGACAAAACCGACAAGGGCAUUUACGUGACGAGGGUGACAGAGGGAGGCCCAGCAGAAGUCGCGGGACUGCAGAUCGGAGACAAGAUCAUGCAGGUGAAUGGCUGGGACAUGACCAUGGUGACUCACGACCAAGCGAGGAAGCGGCUGACCAAGAGGAACGAAGAAGUGGUGCGGCUGCUGGUGACCCGGCAGUCCCUGCAGAAGGCUGUGCAGCAGUCCAUGAUGUCCUAAUGGCUCACCAGGUCAGGGGAGGGGGGCAAGCAGGGUGGGGACCAGAACCAGACUCUCCCUGACCCAGGGAAGCAAGCACUAGCAUCGAGCUGGUUGUUAGGAAACACUAGUUCUCCCAGCACGGCUUUCCCCCUGCCCAGAACUGGCGAUAGCAAACUCCUGGCCGCUAGGGCAGUUUCUCUUUCGGGAAGUCUUCCGUGAGCGUGCAGCACGUAGGACAGCCUGACCCUGCUGCAUGCCGAAAGCCAUAACACUA